GCCUCUAAGAUAAUUAUGAUAGUCAUUUAAUCACCUUGAUUUUCUCAGUUGUGUCCAUAAGCCAAAAUUAAUUAAUGUGACAAAAUUCAAGGAAUUAUUUAAGUUGUUCAUGCACUUUUUCUUUUUGGUGAUAUAUUAUAACACUAUAAACUAUGACUCUAUACGACAAAUCAGUGUCACCAUAAACAGACUGCCAACAAAAGUUUCAGCUAUAUACCGUAUAUAGCGGAAAAUUUUUGUGGGGUGCAAAAUUUUGCGUUUUUCGAGGGCAGAGUAGUUAAUGCGAAAAUUAAAACUAGGAUAAACUCCCACGCACCGGUAUUUCACAUGCAAAGCUAUUGGUGGGUGUGGUUUCCUGGCAUUGAAACGCGAAUAUUAGAACCCACACACAUUUCUGCUGAGGGCUCUGGAGCCAAAUAACGAAAAUUUGCACCCGCGAAAAUUUCUCGCUAUACGGUAUAUAGGUCCAAAACCAGCAGUACCUGCUACCUAUACAGUAGUCUGUAGAUGUAGUAGUGAAUCAAAGGUCCCAGCUAGGGUCAGGGGACUGAGCUUGGGUCCGAUACAGGAGAUGUAUAAUUGCAUAGUGAUGGUAACACCGGCAGCAGUAUAUUAUAGAUCGAUUGUGUGGGGCAUGCACACAACAGCAUUAGGAGGAGGAAUACAUUUAUAAUUAUGUUGUCUUACCCGAUACAAAAUUUGCAUCAUCUUUCAAUUAGCACGGAUGUCAGCUCUGAUAGUCACAUUCAUUGCAGAGAGUGUUGUAUAUAUAGGAGAUAAUUAUCUCUGCCAAGGUAAUCAGGUUCCACAGGGACAAUAACUUGGAGAUAUAUAUAGAUGGUAAAUAAUGACAUAGCUAUAGCUGAUAGAAACACUAUACUAUAAACUUAGUCUUGUGAAGCCACUAUCGGAGUUGAUGGAGAAGUUGGAGACUCUAUUAUACAGCAUUAUUAAUUUUGUUUUGGCUCACUCACCAGCAACUGUGAUUGAUUGUGACUCAGGCUGCUAAUGUUCCUCUGCUAGAAAAGGUGACAACACUGCCAUUCAGAAAGGGCACCUCAGUGAUGGUGGUGAAGGUGGAGGUAUAUAUACGAGUACCAUUACUGGUGUCAGCCACUGCAGCUUGAAAUGGAGAUGACAGAUAAAAUAUAGAUAAAGAAGACCUAUUCUGAACCGUUCUAUCCUGUAUGCUGUCCAUGGUACCCACCCAGGGCUUUGUCUAAGAGAGUGCAGACCCUAAGAACAGAAAAUGGAGAUGUUUUCGUCGAAAAGAGCCUAUUAGAAGCUGAUCUGAGAUGACCAGGAGAGCAGAUAUUAUGAUCAAACUGAACGAUUCGUUUGGUACGUAUACGUAUGGCUGUGCCAUGUAAAUGGUAUAGCUGAGGGCACUUAAAAAAAAUGCUUGGUAGAUCUCCUACCGACAAACUGCCGACAAGUGAAUCGUCAGCAAGCAUUGAGUAGCUAUAUAGGACUUUGAUUUUAUCCAAUCAAGUUAAUUUUUUCACGUUGAACUGUAUAAUUAUAAUGUUAAAGUUGCUGACUCACAAGUAAUAACCUUCAUAUUGCCAGGGCUUAAUUGCAAUUGGGCACACUCCCUUUUGAUAUUGUCAAACAAAAACGUCAUCCCCCAAGAUGUGAAGCCUGAUGAGGAUCUAAUAUCACAAAAAAAUUCCGGCAUAACUUACAUGGCUUCCAUUCCAAACCCUGUUUUGUUAUCGUUACUUAGAACGCAACCUGAAUCAGCCGACUUUAAAAAUUCCUCUCCAAAUUCAGAAUCCUUUUGAAUUGUGGAAGGCUGCUUUGGUUAUGAUCCGGAUGAUAAGACAAAGCAUUAGACGGUAUAAUGGCUCACCUGCGGCUUGCUCCGGCAUUGGAUUAGGUGAUGCGUGGUGAAGGAACAUAUUGACUUCAGAGUCUGUCUCAAAUGCAAGUCUUUCACUGGCGGAGAAUACAGGGAAUAUUGGGGGGCCUUCUGCAGCACAAUUAUUUUGUCAGCUCUAUCGAUUUCGUCAGUGCCGUCGACUUCUUCAAUAAGUUUUUUCAGCCAAUGUUCGCUUCAGUUUAGGUAGAUAGACAAUUUACUAACAUACUAUAACUGCUGAUUCAUUAGCCCCUUUCUAGGGAGGUAAUGACUUCGCCUGCAUGCACUGAAUGCAACUCAAGAUUUGAUGUUGCGGCCAAUGUUUUUUGGGGUGGUCGAUUUGAAAGAGCAUUUUUUAAUGUAAGGGUUUUCAACCCAUGCGCUCGAUCAAAUACAGGCCACUCUGCAAGCAACCUAUACAGGCGCCACAAACAAAAGAACGGGAAUAAUACGACCAGAGAAUGAAAGAAAUUGAACACUCAACAUUCACUCCGGCGGUCCCCUGGUAUUAUCAGUCUCGGGAGGAAAGGGAAGAUCGGCUACUAUACCUUCUACAAGUGAUUAGCAGGACACCCCCUACAUGCAAAGCGUUAUUAAGAUGUAAGCUAAGUUCUCUCUGUUAAGAUCCACCAUCUUGGCGAUCAGGUGGGCCAGGUCCAUUAAACACGGAGCACUCCAUGAGCCCAUUUUUUUCCAGUCCGCAGAAAGACACCUACAAGCUACUGAUGUUUAGGUCUAGUAGCAUAUCCAUGCAUAGCCUCGAUCCCAGGCCGAGUUUUCGCUUUUAUAACGGUUAGGCGAACAACUAGAACCAGAGGAUGGAUCACAAUGAUCUGAGAUAAUAAUUUCCGAGAAAGAAUUUCUGUGUCCGGAGGUUGUGUCUAUAAUUUAUAGUAGCUGCAUUAAUAUAAUAGUACCCUGAAGUGGAGUAAAUGUAACAUACUGGUUAUUUGAAUGACUAUAAUAACCGUAUAUAGUUGUAGUAUAAACCAUGUUUUGAUACAAGUAUAAUUAUGUCAUACUACAUCACAUUUUAAGUGGGUGCAUAGGUGUAGUGGUCAAUUAUGCUAUUAGCACACACUGACACAGCAUGUGUUGUGGUUUGUACUGAUACCUAUAACAGUGCACAACUAGUGCUAGUGACGUUUUUAGUAGAAUGGAAUGUGCGUGGGAGUUGGUGUACUCCUCUUUAUGAACUCUGCCUUGAUAAGAAUCUAUAGGGGGUGUAUUGGGUUUCUUGUCUCACGCAUCCCACUAAGGAAUGAAGGAAAAGAAGCAUACUGAUCCACCAUAACAGCAAGUGACAAUUAAGUGGAAAUUGCGAUUAUUUUUCCCGUAUACUCCUUCCCAUGCAUUGGCAUGCAAUCAGCUCCAAAUCUGAUAUUUGGCAGGAUUUAUAUUUUCGAGGGCAGCCUGGAAUCGAGGCAAGACAUCACUAUAGCCCACUCAAUUUCACAGGAUGUUGACAGUGCAUGAGAGUUAAUAGCUAACUUGCAAAGGUGCAUUAAUAACUAUCAUAGAAUAUCUAGUCCCAGAUGAACUUGGUUAGAGUUCUCCUCCUGGCUGGCUUUAGCACUGCCAGUGCCACUGCCCAAUAUUCAGUGAGUGUGGAGAGACCAUGUCCAAUGGAUACAGUCACUUUCACCUGCACUGCUGCUGGAGAUGCCUUGAGAUGGGAGCCGUCAGAUGUGACUAGCAUCACUAUCCUCUCCACCUCUGAUCUCAAUGUACCCAUCGGUGUAUCAGGUUACACUGUGACACUGAUUGCAGCUGAUGACACUAUAUUAACAUCUAAUCUGUCAAGAACAGCAAAGAAUGGGAUCACUGUGUCCUGUGUGGGGUUUGUGCCUACUCUAACUACCAUAGGAUCUUCAACAAUUAAUUUGGUUGAUUUUCCAGCACCACCUUCCACCAUAAGACACUCCACUCUGAGCAGCUCAGCCAAUGAAGUUAGUGUUCCAGUACAGUGGAAACCUCCUACUGAUACUGGUGGUAGAGAUGACCUCACCUACACAGUGACCGUCUCACCUCCGGCCCAGCUCUCUGCUACUGUCCUCACAUCCACCUCUGUCACUGUGACUGCUCAAUACAAUGUGGACUACACCGUCAGUUUUAUGGCUAUCAAUUGUGCUGGGAACAGUACAACUGUUGAGUACAACUUCAGGAUUGAAAUCUGUCCUGUGUUAACUACUGACCCCAUGAAUGGAGCCUUUGAAACAGUCACUAGCAGAUUGCCAGGAUCUGAAGUAAUUGUCCAAUGUGAUGCUGGGUUUGGGUCUCCUAAUACUAUGGUGACAUGUAAUGGUCAAACACUGAUGUGGAGUCCUGACCCUGAAGCUAUUGUGUGUUUACCAAUAAUCCAGCCUCCUCCUUCAACUCGUCCUCCAAUGAGGUGCACUGUUCAACUAGGCCCACCACAGAACGGUACCAUUAGUGAUCAUUCUGUACCAGCUGUUCCCGCUACACAAGUUACAUUCCAGUGUGACAAUGGACUGUUCCCUGAAGGGAUACUGACUGCCACCUGUCUAGCUACAGGAGAAUGGGACAAGAAUCCGGGAGAGAUUAUCUGCAGAGCUCAACCUCUCACCUUAUUCACUCGUACUGACCUUGGUACUGCUGUUUCCGUUAGUGUGGUUGUCACGACAGCUCUGUUCACGAUCAUUGGAUUUGGUCUUGGACUCCUGAUAAUGUAUUUGUUCAUGCGGAAGAAAAUUGUGUAUCUCUUAGCUAAGACGCAAACUAAUGUUGGACCCACUGUACCAGCUGGUCCUAUUUAUGAGGAGGUGCGGGUGUUACCCACAGAGGAGAUUGAACUCAACAUUAACCAAGCAUAUGGACCAGUGGGACUGUGAACAGUCAGUUUGAUCAUGUGCAUGACAAUAACAAUUAAGGUAUAGCUAUAAUUGUGCAUUGUUAUUAGUUAAUUAUUAUUCGCUGCAGUUAUUUUGAGAAUGUAAGCAAUAGAACAUGCAGCAUUAGAAACAUGUGGU